CGUCCCCGUAAACAAGAGUAAGUGCUCUGCUAAAUGAAACCGCUUUACAGCUAAUGAAGGCAUUCUAAGAUGGGUGAUGUUAAACAAUUUUUAUAUGCUUGGUGUGGGAAAAGAAAGGUCACACCGUGUUAUGAGUUUGGACAGACAGGGUCAAAACAUAAACCAAGGUUUAAAUGUGAGGUCAGAGUUGAAGGGUUUGAUUAUAUGGGAGUAGGUAACUCUACAAAUAAGAAAGAUGCACAAGCUAACUGUGCCAAGGACUUUGUUCAGUUUUUGGUUCGUCAAGGCCUGGUACAACAAUCAGAAGUUCCUUCAACAGGGUUACAAUCAGAAAUGCUGGAACCUAGGCCUGGUCCUAGUGAAGCUAGUAGUGAUGUUGGAUUUAGUGGAUUACCAGGUGGUCUAGCUCCACAUCAAGCUUUAGGAUUAGGUGGGGGAAACUUUGGUGGCCAGAGAGAAGAAGAGCCCAUGUCAAGAGAGUUUCCACCAUAUGAAAGAGGUCCUCCUCUCAGUUAUAUGGAAAGAAUGGCAGAGAAAAGAAAACUGGAAGAAUCAGAAGAUGUAGAUUUCAAUGCUGAUAUCCAUGGUAACUGGACUUUAGAGAAUUCCAAGAGUCGCUUACAUCAGUGGCUUCAACAGAACAAAAUCCAGGCAGACUAUAAGUAUAAUAUGGUUGGACCUGAUCAUAACAGGAGUUUUAUUGCUGAGAUGAAGUUUUAUGUGAACAAACUGAGACAAUAUAUCCAUGCUCGAGAACAUGGGUCUAACAAACAGGUAGCUUCUAAAUCGUGUGCCUUGUCUCUAGUGAGACAACUGUUUCACAUGGGUGUUAUUGAAGCUUACACAGGACAGACAAAAAAGAAAGAUCAAGAAAAGUUGGAUGAAUAUGAAGUUGCUAUUAGCAGUGAAACAGAGAACUUGGUCAAUAAAGCUUUGGAAGCAUGGAAUAUUGAACCUGUUCAGAGGCCUGAUGAUACCAGUCAGCCUGUAUCAAUGAUGUCACACACAUCAUUAGAGGAAUUUGAACCUGCACCCAAGCGUAAUACAGGUGGAGUUGUUCCCUGGUCACCACCACAGGAAAACUGGAAUCCAUGGUCUAAUUGUAAUAUUGAUGAAGGCCCACUAGCUCACGCCACCCUUGACCAGAUUAGUAGAGAUUUAUAUGAAUCAACAGAAAGACAAAGAAAUACGGACCAGAAUUUACAAAAGAUGAUAGAAGAGAGAACAAAUCUCCCAGUCUCUGGGUCACAUGAUUACAUCUUAAAUGAAAUUAACAACAACUCUUGUAUUAUUAUCAGAGGAGAAACAGGUUGUGGCAAGACCACUCAGGUUACCCAGUUUAUUAUGGAUCAGAUGAUACAACAGGGAAGAGGAGCUGAAUGUAAUAUUGUAAUCACACAGCCAAGAAGAAUCAGUGCCAUAUCUAUAGCAGAGAGAGUAGCCCAGGAGAGAUGUGAGGACUUAGGCAUGUCUGUAGGAUACAGUGUCAGAUUUGAGUCUGUAUUUCCAAGGCCAUAUUGUGGUAUUCUGUAUUGCACAGUCGGUACUCUCUUGAGGAGAUUAGAGAAUGGUAUGAGGGGUAUAUCGCAUGUUAUUGUUGAUGAAAUACAUGAGAGAGAUAUCAAUACUGAUUUCCUUCUGAUUAUGUUACGAGACAUGGUAAAUACAUAUCCACAGUUACGUGUUGUACUGAUGUCAGCCACAAUAGAUACUUCACUGUUUUCUGAAUAUUUUGGAGAUUGUAAAAUUGUUGAAGUGUAUGGAAGAACUCAUCCUGUACAAGAAUAUUACCUAGAAGACUGUAUACAGAUGUUAAAUUUUAUCCCACUUCCAAAUGAUAGGAAGAAGAAGAAAGAUAAAGAUGAAUUAGAUGCUGAGGAAGGAGACCAGGAAGAAAACUGUAAUUUGAAAGUGAGUUCAGAAUACUCUGAACAGACCAAACGAGCUUUGGCUAUGCUAAAUGAAAAAGAAUUGUCCUUUGAACUGAUAGAGGCUCUUAUCAAGUACAUAAAGACACUAGGUAUACCAGGAGCUUUAUUGAUAUUCUUGCCUGGAUGGAAUCUUAUCUUUGCCCUACAUAAACAUCUGGAGAUGCAUCCUGAAUUUGGUGGUCCACAGUAUAGACUGUUACCCUUGCAUUCACAAAUACCUAGGGAGGACCAGAGGAGAGUGUUUGAUCCAGUCCCAGAUGGUGUAACUAAGAUUAUUCUAUCAACCAACAUAGCAGAAACCAGUGUUACUAUUAAUGAUGUUGUCUUUGUUGUUGACAGCUGCAAAGCCAAAAUGAAACUAUUCACCUCCCAUAACAACAUGACCAAUUAUGCCACAGUCUGGGCAUCAAAGACCAACUUAGAGCAGAGAAGAGGGAGAGCUGGACGUGUUAGACCAGGAUUUGCCUUCCAUUUGUGCAGUAGAGCCAGAUUUGAAAGGUUGGAACAGCAUACAACACCAGAGAUUUUCAGAACGCCUCUUCAUGAACUAGCAUUGUCAAUUAAGCUACUGAGGCUGGGCCCAAUAGCUAAAUUCAUGGCUAAAGCAGUGGAACCACCACCCAUUGAUGCUGUCAUUGAAGCUGAAGCUCUUCUUAAAGAGAUGAGAGCUUUGGAUACUAAUGAUGAGCUUACACCACUUGGUAAAAUUUUGGCUAAACUACCUAUAGAACCAAGACUAGGCAAGAUGAUCAUCUUUGGAUGUAUGUUUUAUGUUGGUGAUGCAGUGUGUACAAUAGCUGCCAGUACAACCUUCCCAGAACCAUUUAUAACCCCUACAGAUAGAAGAAGAUUAGGCUGGGUACAUAAAUCUUUAGCUGGAGACAGAUUCAGUGAUCAUGUAGCAUUAUUAAAUGCUUUUCAAAUGUGGGAAGAUUCAAGAUCUGGUGGAGAAAUGUCAGAGAUGAAUUUCUGUGAUCAAAAGUCAUUGUCAAUGCCAACACUUAGAAUGACAUCUGAAGCCAAGAGACAGUUAGCAGAUAUCCUAGUGAAUUCUGGAUUCCCUGAAGACUCUCUGAUGCCUCAAGCUUACAACUUUCAUGGACCUGACAGUAAUCUAGAUGUGGUUAUAUCUCUCCUCUGUCUUGGUUUAUAUCCAAAUGUAUGUUACCAUAAGGAAAAGAGAAAGGUGUUAACAACUGAAAGUAGAGCUGCCUUAGUUCACAAGUCAUCUGUUAACUGCAGUAACCAGGAGAUCAAAUUUCCAUCUCCAUUUUUUAUAUUUGGUGAAAAGAUACGAACAAGAGCAGUUUCUUGCAAACAGAUGACAAUGGUGACACCUCUUCAGCUUCUGAUAUUUGGCUCAAGACAUGUUGCAGUUCACGAUGAUGGCAUUGUUCUGGACAACUGGAUUAAUUUAAAAAUGGACUAUGAUCAUGCUGCUAAGAUAGUAGGUUUAAGACCAGCUUUGGAAGCCAUGGUUGUUAGAGCUACAACAGAUCCAGAGGUUGUUAGUAGUCCAGGACACCAGGAGGAGCCACUGAUGGCUGCCUUCAGAACUCUAGCAAAGGUCAAUGCUGGGAGGUUCGGUAUUGCACAGGAUGAAAAAACAGCUAAAGGAUUUGGUGGACCACACAAAAGAGGACGAUUUGGAGGCGGUGGGUUCAGUGGUGGCGGUGGUGGACGAGGAUUUGGUGGUAGGGGAAGUUAUGGAGGAUCAAGAGGAAAUUUUGGAGGUGGUGGGUAUGGAGGACGUGGAUUCAGUGGGGGAGGAAGAGGAAAUUUUGGUGGAGGGGGCUUUGGAAGAGGUGGAGGAGGAGGAGGAGGAGGAGGAGGAUUCAGUAGAGGUGGUCAAUCAAGUGGCUUUGGAAGAGGACGUGGAGGUUAUGGACAAUCUGGUGGAUUUGGUGGGGGAAACUUUAGAGGACGGGGGGGAUAUUAAUUCUAAUAUGUGAAAUGUUUUCUGUACAUAAUCAUAACAGUCGUUGUUUAAGACAUUUUUAAGACAAGUAUGAUAAGUUUCCUGUUAAAUGUUAAUGAUUUUUUAAAUAUUGUUUUUGUUAUUUUACCAAAGCCAGUGUUCUGUCUUCUACUAAUCGUUACAUUUCAUUUUUGUAAUUGUUGUGUUACAUGUACAAUUUCAUUAUAAUAAUGAUUGUUUAAAUCUUGGAGUACAUUUACCUGUAACUAAAGUCCAAAUAAUCUUAUAAAUAGACAUUUUUUUUUUUAAAUACAUUUAGGUAUGUUGAUGUGUAACCAUAAAGUAAAUAGAUGUAUGCUUUCAUUCAGCUAUGAAAAUCGUUUUAUCAUUGCAUUAUAAAUUCAAAACUAUCAAGUUCAUAUUAUUUUAAUAUUGUUUGAUGAAAACUUAUUUUCAUCCUUUUUGCAAUUUGUAGUUUAUAAGUAAUAGAAGUUGUACAAAAGUACAAGUUUUCAAGUUUAAAACAAAAGUCUUGCAUCAUUACAGCUAUAGGAUCUAGAAAUUACCAUAAUCAUGUGUUUUUGUGUUAGAAUGGCCAUUUUAUUGAAAAUAUUGAUGAAUAUUUAUGUGUCUAAAUAAAUAUAAAUAUACAGUU